CCUUAGCUUGGGCCAUGCUGAACUCUCGAGCUGAGAUCGUACAUCGAACCACUUCUUCAAUUCAUCCAUCAGAGCAACCGGUCGAUCAUUUCAUCGGCCAAUGUCUCACCAGUGGCUCCUUUGAGGUGCACUUGAUUGACGGCAAUGUGGCCACGACGCGUAUGAUUCCAAGGUUUCUUUCCGCUGCUGCCCCAAUGCUCCAGUGGCUCCAUCUCUUCUUAGGUAUAGCUCUUCCGCCUUGAGGAAGAGGUGUUACUUCGACCAUGACGCCCGACGGGCCAAGCAACAUUCGAGUCUUCAUACACUGGAGCGAUCAGACGGUUUUCGCGGGCGAAGACAUCCAGUGCCGAAUCACCUUCAAGAACGUCGCGAGGCCACCCAACCAAUCAUACGAGCGAUCGAGACAACCCUCGCCCCUGCUGGGCACACCGCGACACAAAUCAGUUGCGAAUAACAGCCUCACACCUCCGGUAGUUGGCAGAGGUAGGGGCCAUCGGUCGACGCUGUCCUUGAACGUGCCAUCCAGCAGCUCUCGUGUAAAGAGUGGCACUACACAAUGGAUUCAGCCCCGAGACCAGCCCCCGAGUCGGCCAGGACAUGCGCAUAAGCGCUCUCUCUCAAUAGUAUCGAUUGGUUCGGCUGCUACCGUGGAAGAUGCCGGUCGCGGACAUGCUCAACGACCGACGCAUGGUCAUGGGCGCUCUUCGAGUCUACAAAUAAACUCGCGAGGUAGUCUCUCGAAUGGCCCACAUUCGGCCGUCUUGCCCCAGCGACCCUACGGCGGCUCGUCGCAAAACUCUCCGUUAUUCAACAAUCACUCCUUCCCUCCAUCUCGACAUGCAUUUGGCCGGCCGUCAGGGGCCUCUACGGUGCCGAAUACGCCACGCGGAGCAACGCACUCUCCUAAGACGGGCGGCGCUCAGAUACCCGAUUUCAAGUUUCCUAUGGUGUUUUCGGCAUUGUCCGGAGCUGGGGACAGCACCCCAGGCGCGCAAGGUGAAGAUUACGUCACAACGUCGACGUCUGCCACAGGAGGGACGGUGAACCUUCCAGUACGGUCCAGAGAUUCGAUACCAAUCAUCGCGGAGCACGCGGCUCUCCCGGCGGCUCGGAUAUUGUCCACGACCAGUAUGACAGGGGGUACGCCUAGGAGCAGCGGCGAAUUCUACUCUCUGAGCAAUAACUCGAGUGAGACUUUGGCGUCGGAAUACGUCACGCAACCACUCCGAAAUGGCGGAAGACCACCCCAUAACCGACGAAGCUCGGGUCUUUCUGGUUUGGGUCAUCUUAAAGCACCGGAAGCUCUAAUGAUGGGAUAUGCCCAAGUCCAGGGUUUCUUCACCCUUGACGGAUCCUUGAUCAACCUGGGGCCUUUCGAGCAAGUAAAGCGGAAAGCAGUCUUGGGCGGUCAAGGAGGAGGUGUUAUAGGACUUGAGUCAUCAAAACGAGACAGCGGACUGCUGAAAACCUUCGGCUGGGGCUCUUGGGGCAAUUCCAUUGGCGAACUUCUUGGCGGAGGCGAAAUGAGCAGCAUCAAAGAGAUGCGGGGCGUUGCGAGCACAAAAUCUAUACCACUGCUUUCCACGCCUCAGUCGAUUCUGUUUGUGGACCUACAACUUGCUCCAGGAGAGAGCAGAACAUACGAAUACUCGUUCAAACUGCCUAAGGGGCUCCCUCCGACCCAUCGCGGUAAAGCUAUGAAAAUAUCCUAUAGUCUGGUUAUAGGAACCCAAAGACCGGGCGGCUCAAAAGAGCAGCAAGUUCGCUCAGUUGAGAUACCUUUUCGCGUACUUGGCAGUGUCAACAGCCAUGGAGAAAUCUUGGGCCAUGAUCUUAUGUCCCCUUACAUCAUUCUACGGGAUCUAGCCCACGUCCAGCUAGCAAACAACAGUGAUGUCCCGAAAAUGGGCAAACCGGCCCAACCAAACUCGACACUGAACGGUUUUAUAGGAUACGUCGAAGAGCUCCUCGCACAGCCCCACAAUGGCCACGGUCUCCUAUCUCCCACUGCGGUAGGGCCAUCCUCUAGGCGUCCCUCCAUGUUCGAAGACGCGUCGACCGCCAAAGAAGCCAUCGACCUAGCCAUCCUGCGCUCUAACAUGUCCUCCUCGGAAACGGGCCAGAGCUCCAAUCGUUUCGAGAUAGCCCGGAACGGCCAGCGCGUGGGUGUCAUCAUGCUAGCUCGGCCGGCGUACCGCCUCGGCGAGGCGGUCAGUAUGGUCAUCGACUUCACCGACGCCGAGAUACCCUGCUACGCCGUGCACAGCGCCCUCGAGACGGCCGAGCGCGUUGAGCCCACGCUAGCACUGCGAAGUGAGGCGAGCGUGCAUCGUGUGACGCGCAAGGUCUACGGUAGCUCCAGCGAGGCGACGCUAUUUGCGAGACGCGUCGUCUUCAGCCCUACUAUACCGAUCACUGCAACGCCCGAGUUUGUAACUAGCGGCUUGAGCCUGGAGUGGAAGAUCAGGAUCGAGUUUGUGGUCCCCUCGUCGACUGCGGCCGAGGAUGAGGAGUCGGAGAAGCAGGCGAAUGGGCCGCAUCCGUUGCUAGAGGAGAUAUCGAGGGAUGAGCGGGGUGGCUUGGUAUUGGUAGGGGCGGAGACUCUUGAAUGCGAGAGCUUCGAGGUUGCGGUGCCCUUGAGGGUUUAUGGCGCGGUUUGCAAUGGGCUUGAGAGGUUGGAGAGGGAUGAGGCGGAGGAGGGCUUGGUGGUAUAACAUUCAGGCUCAUUACCGUGAAGGGACGAAACUGAGCAAGGGUUUAUAUAAAUUACAGGCUUGGCGAUGUGCAUGGGCUGGAAAGUUUGAGGGUGAACACGGGUUGGUUGGUUGGUCUUGUUGGACAACUGGUGGUGGAUGGUUACUUAGAAAGACAGGGCUUCGUAUAGGGCACUCACUAGGCAUACCUAGUUACAUAAGAUGAGUCGAAUAGGUUAGACUAUAUUACUCGUAAGUAAAGCACAUUCUUGCAUCAUGAAUAGGCAAAUGAGUGUCA